ACAGAGCAGCAGCAGCUAUGCUUCACUCAUCCAUCCUCGCCAUCACGGCUCUCUUCCUCUCCGCGACGACAUCCGUCAUCGCCCUCCCAGCAGCUGAAGCUGACUUGGCGGCUCUUGAACACGACACCGCUGAGGCCGCCGCUCAUCUGUUCAAGCGUGCUUCGCCUGACCCAACCGACACCACCUUUAUUAAGAACGUUCUUAAUACCGUCAACCCCAUUAGGUCCAAGUUCAAGGCCAACCCCCUCGCUUGGGAUGCCACGCUUGCGAGCUUUGCGUUGAAAAAGUCCAACGGUUGUAUGCUCAAUCAUACUGGCCCCUAUGGCGAAAACGCCUACUGGUGGUGGACCAUUCCGGCAACCAGCACCCCCAACUUUGCUACCACCGUCACCAACGCCUUUAAGUCCUGGACCUCCCAGGCGGAGAUUUCCGCCUACCAACAAGGUGACCUGCUGGGCGGCGGCCACUUUACGCAGACGGUGUGGAAGGCGAGUACACGAAUCGGGUGCGCGUUUAGCACCAACAGGUGCGUGCAGAAUCCGAACCAGGAUUGGUGGUUUUAUUGCGAGUUUUCGCCUAGGGGGAAUUUGGUGGGUGCUUAUCCUGGGAAUGUCACGGUGGUUUGA